AUGGCCGACUACGCGUCAAUGAAGGUGCCCGAGCUCAAGAAGCUCCUGGGCGAACGAGGGCUCACGCAAUCCGGCAACAAGGCCGACUUGAUCGCGCGCCUGCAGGAAAACGACACUGAGACGGCUGAGCCGGCUAAAGCUCCAGGCGCAAACCAGCGCAUCGCACAUUGCGACAGCCUCGUACGUGAUUACUUCAAUGGCGGAACCAAUGCGCUGACCAGAUAUCGCAUCGCAGGCGCUGCAGAAGAUGAGAUCGACUGGGAUGACGAGGACGACGCUGCUAAGGCCAGCGCGCCUGCCCCCGCGAAGACGGAAGAGCCCAAUAAGCCCGCCGAGACAAAGAAGGCUCCCGCGCCAGCGAAGCCAGCGCCAGCUGCUGCCGAGCCCGCAAAGGAUGCCCCCCAACCUGCCGCAGCCGAUGCUAAAGCGCCCGAGGCCACCGACGUCCCUGGGACCAAGGAAGGUGAGGCUGAGAAGCCGGCUGAGGAGCCCAGCACGUUCGCCAUCGGCCUAGCUGCCAGCUCCGCCGACGAGGAAGCCAAGAAGCGCGAGGCGCGCGCGAAGCGGUUCGGCAUCGUCGUCGAGGAGUCGUCGGAGGAAGCGAAGAAGGCCGAGCGCGCAAAGCGCUUCGGUGUCGACGAGGCGGCGACCAUCGUCAAGGGCCUCGACUCGGCGCUGCCGGAGCGCCGGCCCAAGCGCGGCCGUGACCGUGGUGAUGAGGGCGAGGGCGGUGGCAAGCGCGCCACACAGGACGGCGGCAGACGAGAUGGUCAGCAUCGCGGCGGACGGGGCGGAGGUGCUCCUCGCGACCAGCAGCGCGGCACUCAGGGGGGCGGCGCGCCGAGACAGAGCAUCCUACAGGACCCGGAGGAAAAGAGGAAGGCCGAGGCCAGGGCAAAGCGCUUUGGUGGUGCUUGA